AUGGAUUUAACCUCACUUCAAUCCGUUUUACUUUCAUUAUUCGUCUUUCCCUUUCUUGUAAUUGCACAAAAUAUCACAGCAUCUCUAGAUUAUGGCACAUUCCAAGGUGCAUACUCAUCUACAUAUAACAUAACCUAUUAUCAGAAAAUCCCCUUUGCAGCACCCCCAACUGGGAACAAUAGGUUUAGAGGCCCACAGCCUCCUCUUCCUAUCACAAAUGGAACCUAUAACUCCAUUCAAACAUUUCCCGCUUGUCCUCAAAAAGGUAAUGUUGGAUCAGAGGACUGUCUUUACUUAUCCCUCUACUCUCGCCCAUGGACGUCCAAUCAGCCACUCCGACCAGUCAUGGUAGUUUUCUUCGGGGGCGGAUUCAUUCAAGGCGGUGGUUCGCUGGCAGUUCCCCCUUCGGCCUAUCCCGUUCUCAAUGUCUCUGCUCAGAAUGAUAUACUCUUCGUAUACCCCAACUAUCGUGUCAAUACAUUUGGAUUUCUCCCAGGAAAAGAGAUUGCCGAAGAUGAAAAUUCAGAUCUAAAUCCUGGAUUGCUGGAUCAGAGAGCCGUUCUUGAGUGGGUAAAUAAGUAUAUCGAUCAGUUUGGCGGAGACAAAGAUAAUGUGGGCAUUUGGGGGCAAAGCGCAGGAGCGGGCAGUGUGGUCGCACAAGUCCUCGCCACUUCCGGGGAAACCACUCCACCCCUCUUUAAUCGUGCUCUCGCUUCCUCUCCUUUCUGGCCCAAAUCAUACACCUACGAUGCUCCCCAAGCUCAAUCCAUUUACGAUACCAUGACGGACCUGACAAACUGCACUGGCGCUAUCAAUGGCACUCUACAGUGUUUGAAAUCUCUAGAAUGGGAGGUUCUGGCCGAAGCCGCGCUAGUUGUUGCGGCGAGUCAUACUUGGAAUACUAGUAGUUAUACGUGGGCGCCAGUUAUUGAUGGGAAGUUCCUGAAGAAAACUUUGAGUGAAGCGACGGUCAAUGCGAAGGGUGGCAGAGGCGGCAAAGGGGAAAUCGCUAUUACAGGGGGAUGGGGCAUGUAUAAUGCGCAUGAAGGCGAAAACUUCGUUCCCUCCGGUCUUCAAAACGCCACGGACACCGGUACACCACCCUUCAACUCCACCAUCGCCUCCUUCAACGUCUGGCUCGCCGGCUACCUCCCCUCAUUUUCCAAAUCCCAGCUCGAUGCCGUGCGCGCCCUAUACCCUCUUUCCGGCACUGCAGAGACCUUUCCCGCCUACAACACCACGUACGAGCGAGCAGGACUUAUAUAUCGAGACUCGGUAUUGGCAUGUCCGGCUCUGUGGACGAGCAAGGCGGCGAGUGGACGCGGAUGGAUGGGAGAAUAUACGAUCCGUCCCGCGAGACAUGGAAGCGAUACCAUCUAUUGGAACCAAGUCAACGCGGUCCAAAAAUCGCAACCGCUCAUCUAUCAAGGCUACGCCGGAGCAUUCGCCUCCUUCAUGGCAACCGGAAACCCCAACAAACACAAGCUGACAAAUGCAUCGGAGCCGGGCGUGCCAGAAGUCACUACCGGAAGGGAAUAUGUAAUUGCGAGUGAUGGGUUCGCAAAUGUGGGGAUUGAUGUGGGGAGAUACAGCUUGGAGGCAAGGUGUAAAUUUUGGGCUAGUGUUGCGGGAAGUGUGCCGAUUUAG